GUUCGGGUUGGAAGGAACAAACUCCCGAAAGUGAAGGGACUGCUUAGAGAUAGCCGUGGCCACGUGCUCAGGGGCACCAAGGAUCCAGAGUACCGUGCGAGAGCAGGGUGGGCCGCGGAGGGCACGCGUCGCUCUCCCAACUUCCCCCCGCGAGCUCUAGGAUGGUCCGCCCCGGGAGCGCGCGCGCGGCUUGAAGCGCCGGGCGAGGCCAGCCGGGCGUCAGGGUACGCCGUGCUUGCCACGCCAUGGACGCCGAACCCGCCGAGGUACGCGCCCUGCGAGCCGAGAUCGCGGCCCUGCGGCGGGCGUGCGAGGAGCAGCCGGCGCCCUGCGUAGAGGCGUCCCGAGUCCAAAAAUCAUUUCAAGAAAUACACCAAUCAGAUUCUGAAGGAUGGGAAUCUUCAAAAGAUCCGAGAAGUCAGCUUGGACAUUUAGAAUCAGAACUUUCAUUUCUAAGUAUGCUCACUGGCAUCACUAUAAGAAAUUACUCCAAGAAGACAGAGAACCUAACCAUCACUGAGCUGACAGAAAAAAGUAUAAAGAAAGUUCUACAGAGACACAGAUUAUCAGGAAAUUGCCACAUGGUUACAUUUCAACUUGAAUUUCAGAUUCUGGAAAUUCAGAAUAAGGAGAGUUUAUCUUCUGUUAUUACUGACCUCAACAUAAUAAUGGAACCUACAGAAUAUUCAGAAUUAAGUGAAUUUGUGUCAAGAGCAGAAGAAAGAAGAGAUCUGUUCAUGUUUUUCCAAAGCCUGCAUUUUUUUGUGGAGUGGUAUGAAUAUCGUAAACGCACGUUUAAACAUUUCAAGGAAAAGUACCCAGAGAUGGUGCACCUCUCAGAGGGAAACUUUUCCCGCUGCAUGGGCAUCCGGAGCGCCCGCUGUCCAGGGUUUGAAUUCAUAAUUGUUUGGAGGAUACAAAUAGAUGAAAAAGGGAAGGUUUUACCAAAGCUGGAUCUUCUCACCAAAGUCCCACAGCGAGCCCUGGAACUGGACAAGAACAGAGUCAUAGAAGCUGCUCCUCUCAGCUUCCGAACCCUGCUGGGAGUGCUUGGAAUUGAAGUUGCUGUAGAAAGCCUGAUAAAACUGCUUUGUGCAGAGGAGAAUGACUAGUUCCCCAAUGGUGUAUGUGUAGGAAUGAGAUGCUGCACUGAGAAGCACUUGAUUUUAUUGAGUAUAAACAUUUGCUAUUUUCUGCUUAGACACCACCCCCUUAAAACAUGCUGUCUAUGCGGUUAUGGCACAUUCUAUAUAAACUCUCAUGACAUGAAAUAUAAAUACAGCUAUUUAAGUAUAAAAUGCAAAAUAAAAGUGACGUGUACAGUGUAGUUUUAAAAAAUAAGCUUAACAUUUGAGAAAAUGUACCAAGAGUGGUUAUCCAUCCUUGGAUGUGCAAGGAGGAGCUCUGUCCCCAUGCACCUCCGCUUCGUACCAAGUCUGGGGCAGAGGUGCCCAUACACUUGAGAAGGUGUGCUAAGCAUGCUUGCAACCGUUGCCCGUGGAGCAUCACUUUGUAAACAUUCUUUGGUAGCCCAGGGCAGGCACACGCAUCCUUCUCACCUCCUGGUCUGCAAAGCAGCACCGGGCGGCACUCACAGCAUCCCUCAGCAAGUCCUGACACUCAUCUUGGUCUUCCAUAAACAGGUGGAGCUGUUAGCUUAAAAAUAUGCCAUAAGCCAGCAAAGACAGCAUUGUUCCCUUCACCCAAGGCCUGGCACAAAGGAAACUGGGCCCUUUGCUAAAGACCCACCCACAGAGUACAAGUGCUAUGUCAAUAGUCUCAGACGUGCUUUAAGAACUGUGACUUUGGUGAACACCUCAGCCACCCAUUAUAAUGCUGUUAGGAUCAGGGAAAGUAUGUUAUUUCUAACCAGUUGGGCCAUUCUGGAGUCUGAGCACAGCAGUAGGUUCAGGGUGAGGGCCAGAGACACGUCCACAGCAGCAGUGCCUGUCAUGGGGUGCUCCAUCUGUUUUCUCCCCCAAAUAGAGGCUGUUUGCAUACUGUCCAGUCUAGCCAGAACUGGGACCCAUGCCGGUCAGUAAGUUUCACAACCCAAGAGGACCCAGCCCACCUCCCUGACAGGCUUGGGUUCCAGAGCACCUCCCACAGAGGGAUGCGAAAUGGCAUAUGCACUCAAACCCAGGACUCAGGGUCCUCCACGCACCAUGGUGCCAGGCAAAAUCAUCCCGAGCGAAGCUGCCCCAGCCCUGGACCAGCAACAGCCAACUACUGCGGAUCAAAACAGUACUGAAAGCCACUUCCCUCCAUGUCCUCCAGAGCCUGCACCUCACCCAUGAGAGUGUGACCUCCACACACCUCACUUAGGUGGUGUCUCCAGAGCUCCCCAGCCCAGCCCAGCACAUACAAGGCAUAUGUAUAAGAAAUGAUGUCAUUUGAAAUCAGAAGAAAAAAUUAAAGGUGUCCAAAUGCAAAAGUAUCUGUUUGGACUUCUGAGUGCAGAAUAAAGUUAGGAGUAAACAUUAGGACAGAAUUGAACAAUAAACUCUAGAAGAGUUGGCUUGAUUCAAACAAGUAUAAUUUGCCAAGUUAUCACAAAAUUUCCCACAAAAAUUUACAAUCA